AUGCCUGAUUGUAGGAACAAAGAACGGAUCGCUGUGGUUUACAGCGGCUGGAGUAUAUCUAGCGAAGCGGGGUUGGAGACGGCAGAACCUCACAGCUUCCACCAGCGUCACAUCUCGUCCAGUCUCUCUCAUAAGAAAAUGAACAAGUUGGUAUUGAUCUCCUUCUUGGCCGCCUGCUUGGUCGCCCUCGCCCAAGCGGAAGACAACCGCCCAAGGCUGACUGUCGAAGCCUCCCGGAGAGAGCAAGGAGGGGAAAGACACGACACUUACAGGAUAUCCCAGGACGCCUGGAGAUCGAAGGACGGCAGGUUUUCUGCUGGAGGAUAUGUAGAACACAACAGGGACAGGUAUCCAGGAGGCUACAAGACGAGGGAUACUCAUGGAGGACUCGAAGUCCGAGGAACAUUCUAGAUUUAGAUGUAAAAUAUAAAUUAAUUUAUUACAGUAAAAAAAAUAUUAUUUACAAAAAUUAAUUUAUAACGAUGAACUGAAUUUAAAAUUUUCCUCGGACUUCGAGUCCUCCAUGAGUAUCUCGUCUUGUAGCCUCCUGGAUACCUAUCCCUGUUGUGCUCGACGUACCCUCCUGCCGAAAACCUGCCGUCCUUCGAUCUCCAGGCGUCCUGGGAUAUCCGGUAGGUGUCGUGUCGUUCCCCACCCUGCUGGGUCCUGGAAGCUUCGGCUCUAAAUCUGGGGCGGUUGUCUUCGGCUUGGGCGAGGGCCACCAAGCAGGCAGUCAAGAAGGAGAUCAAUACCAACUUGUUCAUUUUCUAUAAAUUAAAUUUUAAAAAAUUAUAUAUA